AUGCGAACAUUCGGAUGUCAGACGUACAUACUGACGCCUAAAGAGAAGCGACUCAAGUGGGAUCUCAAGGCUCGCGCUGGCAUAUCCGUGGGCUACGAAGAAGUGUCCAAGGCAUAUCGUGUAUUUGACAUCGAGGAGGGGCGGGUUGUUGUCAGUCGGGAUGUUAACUUCGACGAGUCCACCUUUGGACUUCAACUGCCGAUCACUGAUGAAGAUGUCGAUGACCUGGACUUCGAAUUGCUGGAUCUUGAUGACGAAGAGCUGCGUCAAAUGGAGUAUCAGCAAACAGUCAAGCGCAAGAACCGACUCAAUGAUGAAGAUACAGCAGCUCCACGACCGCGUGCAGUGCGUCAACGACCAGGACUAGAAGAGUCAAGCGCGCCGGAAAACAACUCGUCACGCCAAGAAGAAGAAGAUGAAGAAACGAAGGAUUCUGGUGAUUCAACACCGCCUGUGUUUUGCGUGCGAGUGCAAAUGCUGUUGAAGCAGCAGUGGAAUUGUCGGAACCGUCGACAUUUGAAGCAGCAGUGA